AUGUCUGUGUCUAAGAUUACUGGAUUGAUUCUUGGCUCAGCUGCCUUGGUAGCCGGCCACGGCUACGUGAGCGGAGUUGUGGUUGAUGAUACCUACUACGGCGGUUAUAUCAUUACCGAAUAUCCCUACGAGACCGAUCCUCCUGAGCUUAUUGCUUGGUCCGAGGACGAGACGGAUCUGGGCUACAUCGACGGAUCUGAAUACGCCAAUGCCAACAUCAUUUGCCACAAGGAUGCUAAGACUGCUGCUUUGGAGGCUCCCGUCACUGCCGGUGGCUCUGUCGAGCUGCAAUGGACCGCCUGGCCUUCAAGCCACCACGGUCCAGUUAUUACCUACCUGGCUAACUGCAACGGAGACUGUGCGGACGUUGAUAAGGCCACUUUGGAGUUCUUUAAGAUUGACCAGGGCGGCUUGAUCAACGACGAUGAUGUGCCGGGUACAUGGGCGUCUGAUAACCUCAUCUCCAACAAUAACAGUCGCACAGUCACAAUCCCUAGCGAUAUUGCGGAUGGAAACUAUGUUCUCCGUCACGAAAUAAUUGCCCUGCACUCUGCAGAGGAGACAAACGGAGCCCAGAACUACCCCCAAUGUAUCAACUUGAAGGUCUCUGGCGGCGGAAGCGCCACUCCCAGUGGUACCCUGGGAACUGCUCUGUACAAAAACACCGACCCUGGUAUUCUAGUUAACAUCUACACCUCGCUGAGCACUUACGACAUUCCCGGCCCAACCUUGUACACCGCCGGUGCCGCAGCCGCUACCGGCUCUUCAUCCGCCACCACCACCAGCGCUGCUACUGUCUCCGCGUCUGCCACUAGCGCUCCCAGCGCCGAAGCCACCAGCUCCUCGAGCGUGUCAUCUGUUAUUCCCGUGUCUUCUCCUGUCAGUGCCUCCCCUGUCCGGAGCCCCUCCUCCGUCCCGCCCUUCUCUAGAUCCUCCGCCCCGGCAUGGCGUCCAUCUUUCACUCGCCAGCCUGGUUCUUCCCAGUCUACCUCUGCUCCCACUGCGUCGCUCACCCCUCCCGGUGGCUCUGAGAAUCACCAAUCCACCUCUACUACAUUCACUCCUAUUGUCGUCACAAAGACCGAGACCAGUACCUCAUGGGUCACUCAACUGGCUACUCUUACUGACAAGUCUGUUGUACAGACCACCAGCGCUGUUCCAGUCCCUGUCGCCGUCACCACUACGAUCACCGAAGGAAGCACACCGACAGAGACUGCUUCGGUUAGCACCAGCUCAUCCAACUCUGGAUCUGGAUCUGAUUCAAGCUCUGGCUCCGAUUCUUCCACUACCACUACUACUACCACCACUAGCUCUGGUUCCACAACCUCUUCUUCUGCUGCUGCGUCCGACUACAACUCCAGUGAUUGGACGACAUACCUCAGCUCUUUGAGCGCGGAGGAGGUUGUCAAUCUGCUGCAUCAGACUUUCAAGUGGCUGGUUACCGACAAGGUGCAUGCCCGUGAUUUGGGAAACUAA